GUGCAAUCACGGCGAAAGAUUUCAUCAGGGCUUCGGAAAACGGGUUCCAAAAGAGUCUUUGCUUAGGUGAUGGGAAAAAUGCCAAUUCCCCUCCCGGAGGGGAGCAGGCCCCGGAGAAGGUGGGACCUAAAAGGAGGAGGCUACAAGCCAACUCUAACCAAACCUCCCGAGGAGACCUAGAGAUGGAAAGCAGCUGGGCGUUGCUCCUGUUUCUGGGGGCGAUCCGUGCAGGUGGCACCUCGCUGCUCGCUCCCCUGAGCUACGAGGAAGCUCUGGCCUCGGCAGUCCAGCUGUACAAUGAAGCAGAAGACAACCCCUUCGCCUUCCAGCUUCUCACGGCUGAGGCCCGGCCGGACUGGAAACCUCCUGCUGAAACUCCCCAGUCGUUUAAAUUCUCCAUCAAAGAGACAGUCUGCCGUUCCUUCGAGAAUCUUGAUGUCAGCUGGUGCGACUUCAAGGAAAACGGGGUCGUCAAAGACUGUUCUGGAUCCUAUACUUUUCAGAGGAAGCCCCUUGCGAUCCGUACAAAGGUUCUGUGUAACGACAUCUAAAACAAGGGAUGCUGUCAAAAUCUUUAAAGUAAGCAGAAGGGUGGGUGUUUAAGGGAAUUCGUACAUGGAUGACCUCUGCUAUCCAGAAGACCUUCCACUGCUACCUGUGAAGAUAAACAUCUGGAGAGAAACAGAGUCAGGAUGACCACACAGUCCCAUUAGGAUCCCUGCUACAAUUACACAACUGAAACUCAGAUUUUAGAAGCUUUGCCUUCUUUCCUAUGUUUCUAUUCCUUUAUCACUCUUGAGGUAUGGAUGCAUAAUAAAAUCUUCUUCCAAAA